AUGAGCGCGGUAAAAAAGUUGAUUCCUCUGAUGGACAGAGUUCUGGUGGAGAGAGCAGUCGCGGCGACGAAAACGAGCGGGGGGAUUUUGUUGCCAGAAACCGUCGGAAGUAAAGUACGUCGGAUGAAUUCUCAUUCUCAUUCUUCUUCUUCUUCUUCUUCUUUAGUCUUCUUUUUAUGA